AUGGAUAGCCCCUGGUCUUGGUUUAUUUGUUUCGCCGCUUUUAUAACUCUGACGUUCCAUAAUGGCAGUUACUAUAGCUUUGGACUGUUUUUGCCAUCUCUGCUGAAACAUUUCAGACAGCCCAUUGCGAUAACUGGUAAGCGUUUGUUACAACCGGCUACAGUUUCUGAGCAGUGAACGCAGUAAACGUUUUAAGGAGCGAACUGAAACACUGAUUUUGUUGAUUAUUCCGGCUCACUGUGUUAUUAAAAGCCACCCACUAGAAACAAUUUCUAUUCCACAAAUAAUACUUGUAAGGCGAGCGAAGGUUAAUCCAAUAGGUAGUUCAUGAAUAUUCUUCGCUUCAAGCAAACCACGCAAAACAAUUUCCAUUCUACAAGCACUAAGAACGCGCUAAUUGUUAUAAUUGUAAAGGAGAAAUGGAAGCCGUUAACCAGUGCGUGCAAUAAACAUUGGCUUGUUCUGCAUGUAAGCCAACUACACUACUAUUACACACCGUUCUAAGUAAAAUAAUUUAGCCUAAUAAUUCAAGGGGUUCAAUUUCAAUAUUAUUCAUAAAUAUACCGUAAAAUUCCGAAAAUAAGCCCCGGGGCUUAUAUUUUUCAAAGGCCCCUUUAGAGGGGCUUAUUUUCGGAGGGGCUUAUAUUCGGAGGGGCUUAUCUACGGAGGGAAACUUGCGUUUCAAAAUCGAUUGGGCUAGCCUUAUAGUUGGAAGUAAAGUUACCGUUUUUACUUUGUUUAACUUUGUAUUUGAGUGAAAAUUUCCAAGUACAAGCCCCCGGAGGGCUUAUAGUUCGGAAUUUUACGGUAUUCGCUGUGGCUACAAACGGUAAUAAAUUAUGCCAAACAUGCCUUCGCCUCUUUCUACAAUAUUCCCUCUCCUUUUUUCGCUCGUUCUAUUUUUCAUGCUCUCUCCUCUAUCCAACGCCUAGAAAAGUCUAGUCUUAAACAGAUUUAAAAAUAUUGGAAGGAUCAAUGGUUUGAAAUGAUGCUGGCCACUAAGGCCCAAUACGUUUAUGAUUUGUGCUUCUGCCUUGCUAUUCUUAUUGUAAUUGGGUUCAGGACGACUUUAAUUCAGACGUUUGGAUCAUAUUUAUACAUUUUCGAAAACAGCUUCAUUCUCAAAAUUUACUGGAAAUUAGGUCAUAAGCUCAAUGUUUGGAUCAGUCAUGUGCCAGAAUCGUGUAUCGCGGCAGACGUUGUCGAACUUGAUUGCUCUGCCCGAACCAAAUUCAAAACUUUGAUUCAUACGUCGGGCUCUGCCGUGCUUUUGUCGAACAGAAUAGACCCUAUAUCCACGGUUUUUUUCAAAUUUUGAUUGGGACCAGAAAAAAAAUGCGUUCACACAGCUAAAAAGAACGCCUUAAUAAGGGAUGUUAAGGUUGAAAGUGAUUAACGCAAAGUCACAAAGUCGUCGAAUUUUACAGAAUUAUAUAUCUACCUAAUAUGAAAACCGGGUUAGCAAACAUUUUGUAAUUUCUCUUAUCUUCCCCUGCCUAAUAGCUUCUUUACUGAGUUGUUUGCUGAUGUCUUUUUUUGUUCGUUUUGUGGUUAGCGAUUUGUCUAGAAGUGGCUGUAGAAAGAAUUUCGCGAAUUUCUAUCUCCCCCAACCCCCAACCCCUUCACUCCCUCGCCGCUCUGUUUUUUUCUGAUCCCGCCCACAAUUCUCUAUUCAAUACAAGUGACAGUUAUUUGAAAUCAGUGCGAGGCUAAAGCUGUCUUCGGUGCCGUUUAGCAGUUAACAUUUCGUUAUUGGUCACCUUGAGAAAUUAAAUUUUCCCGGAAAGCAUCAUGUAAAGCUCUGAGAUGGGACGAAGUUAUUACGAUUCGCAGAGUCUGCAUUGUUCUGCAUUGUUCGCUUUUCUAAGAUGACGGCUACGUCUUUGGCCUCGGGAACAGGCUCUUGGGAGUCAAAUGAAUAAGGCGAGAGCAACAUUGCAGAUGAACUUUGACCCAGUGUUUUUUUCUGGUAUGAAGACAAGGUCUAUGCUGGUCUGCCUACCGUGUGAUUGUACAUCCGGGAACUUGAAUGAGACGAGUGUAAGAGAAAGCACCCUGGCUUGCACUCUGGAAUCUACGCGAUGGGCUUCCCCCUUUUAUACAUAACAAAUACACGGAAAUGACAUAUUUUUCUUUUAAAAAGGCUUACCCACCCUAAUUGCCGGGGUCAUUUUCAUUUUCUUCACUUUAUUUAUUUUCAAACAGUAUUCUCCGUAUUGUCUUCCAGACCUGACGUCAGCACUUACUUUCAAAUUGAAACUCCUAGGUACUCGAAAAUCAGUUGCCCCUAAAUGUUUAAUUUUGCGCCAAAUCGAAACACAACGUAAAUGUCUGGGACUCCCUUUCCUACCCUACUGAGUUUAUUUACCCCUACCCCAGGGGAAGUACUAACGUGAUAACAAAACUUUAUAGCAUCGAUAGGUUUUUAUUUGCCGUAGCUAUGGGGCUUCGCUGUGAGUGCGCGGACACUCCGAAAUAAGACUUAAGGCCGGCAGAGCAGAAGCACGACGUAUGAACUAGACCUUUAAUUUUCGUGAGGUUAAGGAGCAUUUGAAGUUACUUGACUCACAGGUACGGAUUCCGCUAGGACUUAAUGCUUGACAGCAUUCCUAACUUUUAUCCCCUCUUUUUUAAACAGAAAGACUCAUGUUAAUUCCCUAGAAGUAUUUCAUCUCUUAACGAACUGCCCAGCGAUACUGACAAAGUAGGCUAGUGUGCAGUGGAAAUAAUGUAGAAAUUCUAUAAAAACGGCUAGCCAGAUCGUAGAAAAACGGUGAGUUUUUCCAUAGAAAUUUUAGUAAACGUUCGGAAUGUAGAACAUGUAGCCUUAACGAGAUCCGCGGCAGUGAGUCAAACCAAAGUGACCAUGUUAGUCUCACGAAAGCAGUUAGCUUUAUCGUAAAACAGGGCGCAACUAACCCAUGAAACAGUUCAUUCUACACAGUCUUUAAGGCACUAACGACUCGCCAGGAUUUUUGGACCAUUUGAUAAUUAACCAGCCUGAUGCAACGUUUCGGAUUUAGUGGGUGACUUAUAACCAGGUGCAAAUUUUGUGCAAGCUCGUUUUUAGCAAGCCUUUUACUGGCUGUUUAACAUCGUUGAAGUAAUCAGAGCUCUGAUUAUUGACUUUACUUCUGUUUUGAUAUUUUUUAGCUUGGAUCGGUUCACUCUACAUGUCACUCCCGUGGAUUUUUGGACCAUUGGUAACCCGCCUGAUAAAACGUUUCGGAUUUAGAAUGACAGCCAUUAGUGGCUGUCUUAUAAUGUCGAUCAGCUUUUGUGUAAGCUCGUUUGUGGACAAUUUUUGGUUUUUCCUUGUUUUAUUCUCUGUAACUGGAGGACUGGGUUCAGCAAUGUCCUACCACUGCAGUGUUCUAGUUGUUCUGAGGCACUUUGUGAAGUGGCGUUCUCUUGCUGUUGGAAUAACGGCGUCGUCAUCAAGUGUAGGCAUGUUCGUGGUGACACAAAUCACAGAGGUUCUCAUUUCAAAUUAUGGAUUUAAAAAUGCCCUUAGAGGGUGGGCCAUCUUGUUUUUGUUGGCAACCCCACUGGCGUUCUCUUACGACGCAAAAUCGGAUGUUACCGUAGCUAACGUCAAAAGAAUUGAAGAAGGAUCCGAAAAAAAUGUCGAGGUCAUUCCUGCACCAAGCCUUUUACGAAAUGGACGUUUCAUCAUCUAUCUUGUCUCCGUUACUCCGGUGUUCUUUGUCGUGUUUACGCUGUCAAUUUUCCUAGUGAGUUGUGAUUUAACUUUAUUGAAUAUUUUUUAUACAAAUAACACAAUCAUUAAUCCUUUCUCUAAACAAUCACCUAGAAUAUGGUUCUUGGUCCCCACCCCGCAAUAUAAAGGGGACUACAGGAACUCAAGGAGUAAGAGAUAAUUGCCGGCGUCAUAUCCCUGUAAGCUUUGUAAUAAUUGCCCUAAUAUUCUCUAACCCUUUUACCCCGUUACCCUUACAUCACGGCCUGAAAACUUUUUAUAAAACUGCAACGUUAAGGCUACUUAAGUUAGAAAACAUUUUGUUACCAGAGAACACUGGCACUUAGGGUUGGAAGGUGUAGGGUGGGAAUAAGCCAAGCCCUAACUUACAUUGACUAUAUUGACCGCUAUCGCUAGUUCAAUAUCUGAGAUUUCGGCCUGUAACGAUCUCACUCUCGGUUAAUAAGUGGUAUAUAAUCGCCAGUUACUGAAAAAUUUGGUUGUUUUUGCCCUUGUAGGUGAAAUUUUGUGAAAGUGAACUUGGCAUUUCGACAGAACGAGGCUCCAUGCUAUACACCUACAUGGCGAUCUCUUACUUCUUUGGCAACCACUUGUUCUGCAAGCUAAGUGAAUUCAAAUUCAUCAACAUCUUUGAUCUUUAUCAAUUUUCAACGACAUGUCUCGGCGUCUGCUUGUUUCUGUUACCCGUGGCAACAUCUUACAAAUUUGUGGUGGUGUUAUCUGUUAUGUUUGGUCUCAUGGAUGGUGGACGAUACGGCUUAAUGCCACUGAUAGUGUUAACAUGUGUCGGACAGAAGAGAAUUGACCAAGCGUGGGGCUAUCUUACUCUUUUUGUCGGUCUUUCUGGCGUCAUAGGUCCAGUUUUUAUAGGUGAGUUAUAUUUCGUUCAAGAGUUUACUAAUAAGCAAAACUCACCUUGUAACUGCGUCCGCACGUGCAAGGACAGACCUUCUUUCCGUAAGGUUUUCACUAUACAACAACGGCAGCAACCGAUAGCUAAUAUAUGAGGACAGUUUUUGAAUACAAUUUCUUAACGCACCCGCAAAAUUUGUCUUCUUAUGCAAAAAAACUAUCUAUGAUAACAGAGCAGUGAAACGCCGACGCUGCUUAGAUUCCAAACACUUUUGAACACCGCGACCACUUUUUUGGGCCUGACGAUUAAUGAUUUUCCAGGUUUUAACCUUUUGUAAGCGACCACUUGUCGCUUUCUCUAAUCUCUAUUUGCGCUGUGUUAGAAGGUCGAAGAACCUUAGCGACAACAUGGAACAACACAUAUCCUAACUUAGGCAUUGCAUGCAAUAAAUUAUCUUUCGUAAAGUAGAUGUGCCUGGACCUCUUCUCAGAAGAGAUCCGUUGUGGUUCGAUUCUUGUAAAUGACCACUUCCCGUAAGCGACCACUCAGACUUUGCAUUUUGGGUGGUUGCUUACGGGAGGCCUAGACCGUUCUUACGUAAAGCACGUUCUCACUUAGCAACAUUGACAUAACUAUAAGCACAAAAAAAAAACAGGUUCUGAAAGUUAAUAGAGAGCUUUAGAUUCUAAGACGAGUAUGACAACGAGUACGAGAUUUUCUCAAUACUACGUAGUGUAAGCGCGUAAGCCAGCGUCAUUCUGGCGGGAAAACGUGGUAGCCGUCGUCACUCUAUUACGAGUUUUAGCGAGAAUGUGGAAGUGUCGGAAACAAGUUAACAAAUGUUAGAAGUUUUAUCAUUUUGCGAUCGGGAGAGGGUGUAACCUCCUCCACUAAAGGUAUAACAGUGCUAACUUUUUUAGUGAAAAAUGGUAAAAUGAAGCUUUCCGGAGAGUCCAUAUUUUCAGAAUACCGUAUUUAUUCGAUUAACCGCCCUGGGUGCUUAUUAAAUUUUUGGACCUUGAGAGUGGGCACCUAUUCGAGGUGGGCGUUUAUUCGAGGCUGGGCGCUUAUUGAAGUUUCACCAUUUUCAGCAAGUGUAGUAUGUUUAUUUUGCAACAAAACAACAAAUGGUAACAACAAAACGAGAAGAUGUAACAAUGCAAGGUUUCUGUAAAAUACUCUGAAGAAAUUAAAACUCCGUCUUCGGGGAAGUCUCUUAUUAGUACUUGUUCAAUUUUUUUGUGUGUGUGUGGGAGGAGGAAGCGGGGUAGGGGUGGGCGCUUAUUUUAGUUUGAGUGGAAAGGGGAGGGCUGUGAGGUGGGGGUGGGCGCUUAUUUGAGGCUGGGCGUUUAUUAACGUUUUCUGCUUCUAGGAUGGGUGCUUAUUCGAGAUGGGCGCUAAUUCGAGGUUGGGCGCUUAUUGGAAUAAAUACGGUAUACGAAAAAACUUAAAGUCAAAUCUCGUACUCCUAGUCGUCCUCUUCCUUGAAUCUAACGGUCUCUAACAUUUCCAAACUCUCCGACAGGUUUCAUAGCUGACACUGCCGACGAGUACGGACCUGCCUUUUACACUUCUGGGGGAAUCAUGGUUUUCGGAUCAACUGUUGUAUUCCUUAACAGGUUUUUGAAGAAAGAGAAUUUAGUUGAAGAAGCGCAUGAAGAGAAACACAAGUUUUUGGAAUUCUUCAUUCAAGAAAAAGAAACCGUACUAUAG